AUGCCUACCAGAUUCACUCAGACUAGAAAGCACAGAGGUCACAUCUCAGCCGGUCACGGUCGUGUCGGUAAGCACAGAAAGCACCCUGGUGGUAAGGGUAUGGCUGGUGGUCAACACCACCACAGAACCAACUUGGAUAAGUACCAUCCAGGUUACUUCGGUAAAGUUGGUAUGAGAUACUUCCGUAAGCAACCAAACCACUUCUGGAAGCCAGUUCUAAACUUGGACAAGUUGUGGACUUUGUUGUCUGACGAAAAGAGAGAACACUACUUGAAGGCUUCCUCUAAGUCUGCUGCUCCAGUUAUUGACACUUUGGCUGCUGGUUACGGUAAGGUCUUGGGUAAAGGUAGAAUCCCACAAGUUCCAGUGAUCGUCAAGGCUAGAUUUGUUUCCAAAUUGGCUGAAGAAAAGAUCAAGGCUGCUGGUGGUGUCAUUGAGUUGAUUGCUUAA